AUGGCUCCUCCUUCGCAGCUUGCAAUCGCAACCUCAGCAGUAAACCGCCUUGUCAAGGAAGAGGCUAGCUACCACAAGGAGCUCGAACAGCAACAAGCCCGCAUCGAAAAGCUCAAGCAGGCCAGUAGCGAUGAGGAAAAUGCCGAAUGGAACUUGAAGCAGGAAAACAGGGCACUUGAAGAGACCAAGGCCAUCUUCCCUCAAUUGCGCAACCGUAUCCAAGAAUCUCUGGCCAAGCUUGAGCAACAACUCGGUGAACAGAACAGCCCCGAAGAAAUUACAAAGGCAAAGGAAGCCGUGGCAUCGGCCAAGAAAGCCAUCAGAGAGACUUCUUAA